AAUAAAAAAGCCGGUACUGGAGUUACCUGGAGUUUACCUGGAGAGAGCUCCGGGGGUCAACGCCCCCGCGGUUUCCACUGGGUCUACCUCGCUGGUAGUUAUAGCCACACUCUUGCUGUGUAUUAUCGCACCCACAAUUACCACCUGGAAUAGAAUCAACGGCGCUACUUCUGAGAUCAUUCCGUAGUUUAAGCACUUCAAAAAAAUCUGUGUACUGAAAGAAAAAAUGGAAAUUUUCCUCUCACGUAACUACCGGGAUGGAAUGUUGUUACAGUGAAAAAGGUUCGGUUUAUUUUAAUUGCUUCCAGUAAUACACAGAAAGAUUUACGAAACAGGACAAACAGUCUGGAAUCCUGAGACCUGUCUCCUCUACAUUGCUUCAAAAUGUCUCGGUGUUUGAAAGAAAAGAUACCUUCCAUUAGAAACUUGCUAAAACCAAUGAUUAGAAAUAAAUGAUAAAUGAAUUGGCUCUAGCGUACUCAUCAACAAAUAUCUUGGCUAAUUAUAAAUAUAAUAAAUGCAUUUGUGUUAUGGCUAAAAUUACAGCACACUUUAACCAGGCAUAUAUUACAUCAGUGGAUAUUAAAUGCUGAGAGUACAUGAUAUUCAAGGCAGACUUUAGACAACUUUGAUAAUCUCAGUGGUUUAUCGAAAACAAACUUUAAUAAUAUCGAUUCUCAUAGCUGAAGCAGAGUAAGAAAAACAUAGCGUGCCUACAUUCACAUAUAAAGGUGAUUGCUUUCAAGCACGCGUGAAGGAGUUCCCCAGUGUAAAAGCGAAAGAUUUUUCGGGCCAUUAGUUUCCGGUGCCCUAGUGCACGACCGAAUGUGUUUCCAGUGCACGAGUGUAGCGUGUUUCGGUGCACGAAUGUAGCGUUUCUCAGUGCAUGAUUGUAGCGUAUCUGGGUGCACGGGAACACAACACCAUGGCACUGUGGUCAAUGGAAGCCACUGGUGCUACCAACGGGACCACAAUACCCAUCACAGAGGUAUGGGGCACCACCGCCACUACCCUCCAAGACUUCGCCAAAUCUGAAGAUAACAUGACUCAGCUCACGCAUGACAGUGAAGAAUUCCCCUUAAACUCUGCAAUCCUGAACCUCUCCGUAUACCAUUACCCUUACCGCAAGGAGAUUUGGAUCCCCAUCUCCUGGAGGGAGUCCUUGAAGAUAGCGGCGUACGUACUAGUGUUUCUGGUGUCGCUGGUGGGGAACCUGCUGGUGAUAUUGGUAGUGUACUACAACACUCACAUGCGAACCACCACCAACCGGUACCUGGUGAACCUGGCAGUUGCUGACCUGUUGGUAACGUUGGUCUGUAUGUGGGUACACAUAGUGCGUCACCUGUCUCACCCGCACUACGUGCUCCCUACACUCUUCUGUAAGCUGGACGGCUUCGUGCAAGCUACGUCGCUGCUGGCUAGCGUGUUGACGCUGACUAUGAUUAGUGUGGGCAGGUUCGUGGCUGUCAUGUUCCCGCUGCAGGCCCGCACCUCGCCCAGCCGUGCACAACAGGUCAUCAUAGCCGUGUGGAUCACCUCACUCCUGCUCGCCUGCCCUACGCUCUUCUACAGGAAAGCUUACAGUGUGAAGUGGCUCGACUACACAACGUGGCAUUGUGAUGAGAUAUGGCCGACGGAGAUGGAGUACGACCCAAGCACGGGCCAUAAUAUCGUCACUUUUGAUACCAAGAAGCUGUUCUACACGGUGCUCAUCAUUGCUUUUUACUUCCUUCCUGUCGGCAUCAUGUUCAUUAACUACAGCCUGGUGGUGUGGAGGCUAUGGAUGAAGCAGCAGCCGGGCGAGCAGUCUCUCCCUGCACGGAACACGGCUACCAGAGCCAGGAAGAAAGUGGUGAAGAUGGUGUCUGUUGUGCUGCUGGUGUUCGUCAUUUGCUGGACACCAUUGCAGUGCAGUAUGCUCUAUACCACCUUCGUCAACAAAGAAGGCUAUGUAAGUGUUUAAUUUAUGUAAUUUACG